AUGGAGUUAUCUCAGCCGGACGACAGAGAAUUGCCCACCUUUCGAAGAGAGGCGGGCCAGCAAGGCACAAGUUGUGAAGGAUGCUACGUCGCAAAAGCUGAAUGCGUGUCCCAUGGGACGACUUGUUUGCGUUGCCUGCAAAUGGGCCUUCAUUGUGUGAGGCCAUUCGAGGAUCUGAGGACCUCGAGGACAGAUGUCGAUAUCACCAUGGAGACUGAGGAUGGGCCCAACCCUGGUUUACAGGCUCAAAGUCUGACGGGGCCAAACAGCAGCUACAAUAACAUCGCUGGCAGCAAUGCUACGAGUGCGCAAGAGUCUGCCCUUCAAAAUCAAGGCCCGGCCGGCGAACGACCCCGCUACCGCUCUCUACAGAUCGACUCGGUCAAUGUCCUCAGCUGGCCAGUCUUCGCCGGUCAAUUCGACCAGCAAGCCAAAGACAUGUCUGUGCUUCCGCAAAAGCAUCCGGAGCGACGCCAGCCGUCUGUGUCUGGUGCUAUUUCGAAAUCCUUUCCCAAGUUUGAGUGUAACGACGACAAAGCGUAUUCGGAGAUGGGGUCGGCACUCUUUGAUUUGGCCUCGAAAAGGCUUAGAAUUGUCUUUGCCGAAGGUGGCAUUAUUCCUGCACAAUGCUUAUUCUACGCCGGUGUUUAUCUCAUGUAUAUGAUGCAGCCGGUCAAGGCGUGGAGGCACUUCUUACAGGCCCUGGCCUACUGCCAGGAGUUCGACGUCGCCGUACAAGGAUCAGUGAAGGCGCAAGAGACAGCAACGGGCCACAAGCCAUCGCCUGAGGAGGUGAAUCUAUACUGGGCCUGUUGGAAAGCCGAGAUGGAUCUGCGCUUGUGUCUUGGGCCUUUGGACUUUCAGACGCAGGAUCGUGUCAAUACCCAAUCCCUUCCUGACGUAUCAGUGAACCUGUACGUGGAUAUGAAAGUCCGGCUUUUCUGUUCGGCCGAAAUUGCUAUCCUGAAGCUGACUACCAGAGCACGCAACGAUAUCGGGCAGAUCUUGUCGUCUUCAGAGGGCGACGAUGGAUUUCGAGAGGUUCGUUUGCUCGAGGCGGUUGUCUCCUACGUUAAACAGGCAAACGAGUGGCUUGCCUCAUUGCCUCAAGAAAUUUCCGUUAUGAAAAAGGCCUCCGACCUUGAUAUUCACAGUUUUACUCUCAGCUGCCGUUUGUUGGACUUCAGGGAGCUUUUGUUCUGGGCUUUUCUUGAGGCUGCAAUCAACAGCGGCAAGGAUAGGCUACCGCAAUACGUCUAUACUUUUGCGGGUUUGGGGGCCCUAACAUGCUUGAAUCGCAUCCGCUUGGCAGUGGUAGGCCAAAAGCACCGCAAUGAGAGAACCUGGGUGCUAUUGCAGUCCUGUGCUCGGAGUGUGGUCAUCUUGGUGGCGGUUUCCCUUUCGCACCACGCUCAAAAUAUCCUGAAUAAGAAUUGGGUAUCCAGAGCCGAUACUGGUAUUCAUGUGCUGAGGCAGUGGAUGGAAGAAAAUGAUGGAAUCCGGAAUCAGCUAGUGAGCUACGUCCAUGUUCCUUCCAUCAAAGGAGUGACCCAUAUGUUUGUUUGGCAGUUAGACAAGCCACAAAGCAUCUUCGCAUCAAUCAAGAUCUCUCUCUAGAAUCUCAUGAUCAUCCAGCAGGC